CAUUAGAAUCUGCCCGCUUUAUUCCAACCCAAAGGGGUCUGUAUUCUCAAAAUUUAAUUGCUUGAUGGUCCAGGGUAAUUUUUCCAAUUCGCCCACCAUCCGAAAUUGUUUUACGUACCACCCAUUGUUCUUGGCGGGACGCAAUUUUAAAUUUAGUUUUUGUUAAUUUCGAGACGGGACAUAGUAAUUAUCAAUUAUCAUUUCGGAUAUCGAUAUUACAUCAGCGUAGACCACCUCUAGUAAAUCAGCCGAAAUAAAUAAAGUAAAAUAAAGCGAACGCCAAACCCAAAAUCCCCGUUCCCAGGAUGAGCAGUCAGGGACACCACAAAAUGCAGGGGUGCGUCGGAAUGCAAAAUGCAUUAUCGAGUGCCUCUGGCUCAGGAGCGCGUCAGGACCAAGAGUUCACUGACGAAAUUGACCUUGGCGAUCGCUUCUCUACGGACAUGGCACGACUUUGCAUGAACGACCGUUAUUCGGAUGUUGAGUUCGUCGUAGAAGAGCAGCGCCUACCAGCCCACCGCGUCGUCCUUGCCGCUCGUAGUGAGUACUUCAGGGCAUUGCUCUACGGCGGAAUGGCAGAGACCACACAACGCCAAAUCCCACUGGAGGUGCCGUUGGAUCCGUUUAAAGUCCUAUUGAGAUACAUAUACUCGGGCACACUUCUUCUGUCCACCUUGGACGAGGACGCCGUCAUCGAUGUUCUCGGAAUGGCCAAUCAAUACGGCUUUCAGGACUUGGAAAUGGCCAUCUCGAACUAUCUGCGAAAGUAUUUGGCCCUCAACAAUGUAUGCAUGAUCCUGGACGCAGCACGACUCUACAAUCUUGAGGAGCUCACUCAGGUUUGCCUUAUGUUCAUGGACCGCAAUGCGGCAGAGCUGUUGCAGCACGACUCUUUUAAGACCCUGUCAAAGGAAUCGCUGGAGGAGGUACUGCGUCGCGACUGCUUCUUUGCCCCCGAGGUGCAGAUCUUCCUGGCUGUGUGGAAAUGGAGUCGCUACAAUCCGAACGUAGACAUCAAAUCGGUUGUGAGCUUCGUGCGGCUGCCGCUAAUGAACCUCGAGCACCUUCUGCAGGUGGUGCGCCCUUCGGGCAUUUUGGACCCCGACAAGAUCCUCGAUGCCAUCGAUGAACGGAGCACAUCAAAGACACUGCCCUACAGAGCCGCUCUAUGGCCAGAGGAGAAUGUGGCCACGUCCAAGUUUUUGUCGCGCUGUAUCCAGGGCGAGUGCCGCACCGCCCUGCUGGACGGAGACGUGACCACUUACGACAUGGAGCAUGGUUAUACGCGCCACUGCAUCACGGACAGCAAUGAUGCCGGUAUUGUGGUCGAGCUGGGAACGCUCUGCAUGAUCAAUCACAUCCGCAUGCUGCUCUGGGACAGCGACAGUCGGGCGUACUCGUACUUCAUUGAGGUAUCUGGCGACCAACAGCAUUGGGAGCGCGUGGUCGACUACAGCGAUUACCACUGUCGUUCCUGGCAGUACCUAUAUUUCGCAGCGCGUCCCGUGAGGUUUAUUCGCCUGGUGGGCACUCAGAACACAGUCAACCGGGUAUUUCAUGUGGUGGGACUGGAAGCUAUGCACACGGCCAAAGUACCGCGACUAAUUGACCAUUUUGUGGCGCCCAAGGCAAACGUGGCCACCAUCGAGAUGAGCGCCAUUGUUACAGACGGCGUAAGUCGCACCCGUAAUGCUCUUAUCAACGGAGAUUACGUGCGAUAUGACUGGGACUCUGGCUAUACGUGCCACCAAUUGGGUAGCGGAGAGAUCGUCGUUCGUCUGGGCCAACCUUAUCAUGUCGGCUCUAUGCGCCUAUUGCUGUGGGACUGCGAUGACCGUACGUACAGUUUCUACAUUGAAACUUCGACAAACCGCAAGGACUGGCAGAUGGUGGUGGACCGACGCAACGACAAGGCCCGCUCCUGGCAAAACUUUCACUUCACCCCACGUCCCGUGGUCUUUAUACGCAUUGUGGGCACUCGUAACACAGCGAAUGAGAUCUUCCAUUGCGUGCACCUUGAGUGUCCCACCCAGGACAAGUGCUACUUAAAGAAAAUUGCUGAUAUGGAGAAGGAGAAGAAAGACAAGGAACGCGAUACGGAUAAAACGGACAAGGCUGACAAUGACAAUAUUGCCUCUACCUCUACGGGAUCCUCGUUAGCUGCACUUACCGAAAGUCUUUCCCCAUCUACCAGCAGCCAUUGCGUUUUGAAGUCCACCCACUGGCCGCCACAGACACAGUCUCCCAAAUCGGAGAAGACCAAGGAAAAGGAAAAGGAGAAGACUCCGUCCUCCACUCCGACGCUGCCGAGUCCACUUACUCCAGCAGUCUCGUCGCCUUCAAAGAGAAAGAGCCCAGUUGUUAGCCCUAGCACUAGCCCCAGUCCAAGUAGCAAUCCAAGUCCGAGCACCAACCCAAGUCCAAGCCAAAGUAGAAGCAGAAGUCAGAGCGCUGAACCAGAACCGGAGCCAGUACCACCGUUGGUGGAGCUGGACACCAAGGAGGCGCGCUAAAGUCUGCUCUUGCAGAUUACUAUAUUUUGUACUUGAAAUACUCCUGUGGUCAAACUGUUAAUCCCUGGCAGAGUGUGCACCCUGUUAGUUUCGCUUAGUUGUAGUUUGCAGGUCGUGCUGCUCUUGUUAUCUAGUCCUUCCCAGUGCCCCCAGCUUGCGGGGGCUCCAAAACAUUCGCAUCGCUGAUAGUUUUUGCGUUCAUACCUUAAUACGAUAUAUAGUUACAUAUAUAUUUUUGAUUUAUAUUGUGAUCCAAACAAAAUUCCUUUCGUUUGCAAGGCAGCAGAGUUAUAUUUAUAAAAUAAGCAAUACCACUUAAUUCAAUGCACAUAUACUUAUCGUGAAUUCGAAUCAGAUUUCCGAGCAGCUGAACCAAAAUUGUAUACGAGAUCCGAUCACGGAGUCGGUAUCUGUCCAGUCCAUGACCCUAACCAAAACCUUAUUAUCCAGUUAAUCCGCAACUCAUAGUCUAGGCACUUCGAGCGGCCCAAAAAUUAAGCUCUAUUUAUUAGGCAAGUUUUGUCAUAGUUUAUACUGCACCCAAAUAAACACUAACCAAAAAAAAAAGA